CAAAAAUUCUAACCAUUUCUUCUUAUCCAUAAAACAACGAUCCCUAAUUUUCAAUCUUUGUUUCAAUGGCGAACCCUAAGGUGUUCUUCGACAUGGCCGUUGGCGGCCAGCCAGUCGGCAGAAUCGUGAUGGAGCUCUACCAGGACGUCGUUCCUCGCACCGCCGAGAACUUCCGUGCUCUCUGCACUGGCGAGAAGGGGAUCGGCAAAAGCGGCAAGCCUCUCCACUACAAGGGGUCCAGCUUCCACCGUGUGAUCCCCGGAUUCAUGUGUCAGGGAGGUGACUUCACAGCCGGAAAUGGUACCGGAGGUGAAUCGAUCUACGGAGCAAAGUUCGCUGAUGAGAACUUCGUCAAGAAGCACACUGGCCCUGGCAUCCUUUCCAUGGCUAAUGCUGGUCCCGGAACUAACGGAUCUCAGUUCUUUAUUUGCGUUGCGAAGACCGAGUGGCUGGACGGAAAGCAUGUCGUGUUCGGUCAGGUCGUGGAAGGUAUGGAUGUUGUGAAGGCCAUCGAAAAGGUCGGGUCUAGCUCCGGAAGGACCUCAAAGCCUGUUGUGAUUGCAGAUUGCGGUCAACUUUCUUAAGUGACCUAAGAUCUACAGUCUUAUAAGUUGCUGAGGCGGCGGAGGUGUCUUUUAUAUGUGAUGAUGUGUGUUAGUAAUUUAGGGUCUGGUGUUUAGGGUUUGGGUCAUGAGUCGAUUUCCGGGUCUUAAUGUUUGGGGUUCCUAAGACUUUGUUUUAUGUGUUGAUGAAUUGAGAACUACCAUAAAUAAGAUCGGCUAUUUUAACAUGCUAA